AUGGACUCCAAACUCGACGUCCCUCCACAGGACGAACAAUAUGAAUCCGAGGCUUCUGACGCUGGGAACAUGCCUCCCCCACCAUAUCGUCGUGCCUCUGAAUCCUCUACCGAGCGCUCUCUAUACGACGAGAAAGAUGUAUUGCUGGAGAACCGUUCCGGUUCAUACCAGCAACCCACCUCCAGCGCCAUGCAAGAAUACAACUGGUACCACCCCAAAAUCAUGAGCCGUGGGCUCAUCAUCACGGACGGCGCCUCCUCGACCGCCACGAAGAAGACAGCAAUCUACUACGUCGAAGUGUCCGAGUUUGCUGUCAAAAAGCCCGACGUGAUUCUGCACUCCGCCAGCCCUAUAUCCGGCGAUAGCAUGGACUUCGACCACGUGGCUUCGGCCAGCGAAUCGGGCCCGGUCCUCGGCGUCGCGCACUUCCCUCAUUUCUCUCGCCAUUACAAGGUCUGUCUUGGGGAUCCAUCCAGCGCCAAUCCAACGACCUGGGUGGACAUCACCAACCCGCAUAAAAUGUACCAUGGCGAAUUCACAAUGUCGUACCAGGGAAAAUCGUAUGUGUGGAAACGAACGCACGACGCCGCGUUGGGCGUUGGAGGAGGCGAUAUCAGACAAGAAAUGACGUGGAAUAGUUUCCAGUUGCUCGAUUCGGCGACGGGCGAGAUGAUUGCGCUGUUUCUUGAGAAUACGUUCAAGAGCUGGAAGAAGAAAGGGAAAUUAAGGAUUUUUAAGGAUCUUGAAGGAAGCGAAGAGGCAAGACAAUUUAAGUUGUUAGUCUUUUUGAGUAUUGCGGCGAUUUUGGAGAAGGCCAGGAGGAGGGCGAACAGGCAGCGUAAUGCGCAUGGAGGUGGUGGGCCGUGA